GGGUCGCUGCUUCCUCCGCUUUGAACGGCUGGGUUUUGCUGCAGUUGCGGCUGGCGCCGGUUUUAAAUGUGAACGGAGGCUUGUCAAAGGGAAGGCGGAACAAAGCGGCGAGGUUUCCUAUCCUCCCGUAGCCGAAGCUCGGAAAAAGAUGUCAGCAGUUUCUAAACGGAAAAGAACUGCAGUAAAACUAGACAUUUCAAAAGAUGAACUACCUUCCUUCCUUAAAUCAUCUUCAGAGUCAGAAGAUGAACAAUAUGAAGAGGAAUGGGUCCCCAAAAAGGAAGUCUCACAUAAGGCCAAAGUGCCAAAACCCAAAGUACCAAGAGUUGAGAAAAAAUCAGUGACCAAGAAGAAACCCACUGUAGCUAAGAAAGGUACUAAGAAGCUAGCGAUAAAAGAGGAUCCGGACUUACCUUUGCCUAUUGCCAUACCUGGAGAAACAGAAAAAAAGACAGAGGAAGAUGUCACAAUGAGAUGUUCAACCAAAAAACCCGCAGUGAAGAAAGUUGGCGGCAUUAAAGGUGAAUCCGGCUCAGUAAAUGAAGAUGAACCAUCCACAAGUGCUGCAGUGUCUAAAAAAAAAAUUAAGAUGGAAGAGUCUGAAGAAGAUUUUACAUUUGAUGAACCUCCCUUAAAAAAAUUUAAAACAGGAUGUCCUCAGGAGAAAUCUGUAAAAUAUGUGGCAGGUGACAAACUGAAUGGGGACCAUAACAUGAACUGGGACAUUGUAGAGGUUUUGUCACAAAGGACUGAUAUUGAAGCAUGGGUGUGUGCCAAUAUAAUCAAGCUUUUCAAUGAUGAUAAUACAAUCCCCUUCAUCGUUCGGUAUCGAAAGGAACUUAUCAAUAAUCUGGAAGCUGAUGUGCUGCGUGAGGUGCAACAAAUAAUGGAAGAACUACAGACUUUAGCAAAAAAGGUUCAUGUCUCAAUACAAAAACUUGAAAAAGAAGGAAAGCUGUCAGAAAGUGUUUUAACUUCAUUAUUAAACUGUAAAACUUUGGAGGAGCUGGACCAUGUGUAUGCACCAUAUAAAACUGGAAGCAAAGGAACUAAAGCACAAAGAGCUAAACAGUUGGGCUUGGAACAGGCAGCCAACUUGCUCAUUGAGAAUCCAAAGGAACUCAACUUACUCUUUUAUGUCAAGUCCAAUGUCGAAGGACUUUCCACCAUCGAAGAAGUAAAAUCAGGAGUGCAGCAUAUCCUGGCUGACAUGGUUGCUAAAGAUAAAGAAACACUGGAUUUUAUCAGAAAUUUAUGUCAAAGAAAAUAUAUUUGCAUUCAGUCAUCUCUAACAAAAGUAACUUCUAAAAACAUCAAUGAAAAAAAUGUGAACAAAUUUCAUCUGUACCAAAAUUUUUCUUGCAACAUAAAAAGCAUUCAUCAUCACCAGGUACUCCAUACAGAUAUUGUUUAUUUGCAUGCUGGUAAAGGAAUUCAUGAAGCCCAGAAGAUCCGGAAACUUCUGUUGGAUCACAACUGUUUCACUAUUGUGAUUGGCAAUGGAACAGCUUGUAGGGAAACUGAAGCUUACUUUGCUGACUUAAUUAUGAAGAAAUACUUUGCACCUUUGGAUGUCACUUACUGCAUUACCAAUGAAGCAGGAGCUUCCAUAUACAGUGUUAGUCCAGAAGCUUGUAAAGAGAUGCCUGAUUUAGAUCCUAACCUACGAAGUGCAGUUUCCAUUGCAAGACGUGUACAAGAUCCCUUAGCUGAACUAGUGAAAAUUGAGCCCAAACAUAUUGGAAUUGGAAUGUACCAGCAUGAUGUAUCUCAGACACUACUCAAAGCAACCCUGGACAGUGUGGUGGAGGAAUGUGUCAGCUUCGUAGGAGUUGAUAUUAACAUCUGCUCAGAAACUUUAUUAAGACAUAUUGCAGGACUGAAUGCCAAUAGGGCUAAAAAUAUCAUUGAAUGGCGACAGAAAAAUGGACCAUUUAUCAAUCGGGAACAGCUUAAAGAUGUCAAAGGAUUGGGACCAAAAUCCUUUCAACAAUGUGCUGGCUUUAUCAGGAUCAAUCAGGAAUACAUCAGAUCAUUCUGCAGUCAACAGAAUGAGCUUGCAGCUGGGAGUCAUAAAGCAGUCACAAAUGAGAAACAGUGUAAAAAGAAAACCAAAGCUGCAGCAAAUGUCAUUCGGCAGCCAAAUCCUUUGGAUCAAACAUGUAUCCACCCUGAAUCAUAUAAUAUUGCAAUGAGGUUUUUAACACUUGUUGGAGAAAGUCACUGCGAUAUAGGAAAGCCAAAAAUGCAGCAGAAAGUGAAUUCAAUAAUUGAAAGAGAAGGGAUGGAUGGAAUUACAAGAAAAUUGAAUACAACAGAACAAACACUGCAAAUAAUAAUUGAUGCAUUGACUCAGCCAGAAAGUUUUGACAUUCGGAAAGAUUUUGAUCAACCUGAUUUCAAAAAAAGCAUUGUUUGUCCUGAAGAUUUAAGAGUUGGAACUAUUCUCACAGGAAGAGUUGAAAAUGCUACUCUCUUUGGAGUUUUUGUUGACAUUGGAGUUGGUAAAACAGCAUUAAUUCCAAUCCGUAGCAUAACAGAAGACAAACUUUCAAAAGCAAAGAAAAGAAGAAGUCUCGGUCUUGGUCCAGGAGAAAAAGUUGAAGUCAGAGUGCGUGAAAUUGAUCUUCCACGGUCCAGAAUAACUUUAGAGUUAAUACGUGUAUUAUGAGCAAUUUGUAGACAUUUUUCAUAGUAAGGGCUACAAUCUCAACAUUAAUGAGAAAAUAGUAGAAAAAGGAGGAAUAAGUUAGAAUCUUCAUUCAAACUACAGCUAAAAGGGCAUGUUUGCUAUUGACAAAAAAAAGCAAAAAAACUCCCAAAGUCUAGUUAUAUGAAUGACUGCAAUCAUCUAGGGUGCAAAGGCUAUCAAUUUAGUUAUAGCUGUUUGUAGUGGUUCUUUAAAACGGUUGUGAAAGUCACUUGUUUUUUAACAUCCAGCCUUUAGCUUCCAUGAAACAUAUUAAAAGAUAGAAUACUUUCAUAGGCAUUUGUGAAAUAUGUAUAUGGUUUAAUAUGGGUUAAUAAGUUUAACAAACCAUCAUUCCUCAAGCAAAUGAAAUGAUUAAAUCCCGUUAAUCCAAAUGAUCCAGUCAAGCUUUAACCUACAACAUUUUAUCAAGAAUGUACUUGAUUUCUAGGGCUUUUUAAAACUCCUAUUUCCAUAGUUGUAUAUUUCAAAUUUAACUUUAAAAAGUAACAGAAAUGUGUUUGGAUGUUUAAGUGAGUAUUAUAGAACUUUGUAUCUCCAAUUGUAGUUGACAAUUUGGUUAUGAUAGCUCUGACCAUUUUCCCUUCCACAAUUUUUCGUUCUUAUUGAUAUGCAAAGUCAUAUUAGAAAAAAAAACUUUGAUCUGAAAUUCUCUAUAGUAAACUUGUCCUUGGACUGUAUAAAACAUUAUCUGCAUAUAAGAAAGUCAUAAAAAAUUAAUUCCAUGUUCGUUCCGUAGUGACUUUAAGUUUCUAUGAGGAAGGAUUUUGUCUAUAUAAAGGAAUAUUCAACCACCUUAUUCCGUUACCCUAAUGUGAAAUAAUGCAGGCCUGACUCAGUUUUUUAAUAAAAUUGUUUAAAUUUCAAGGGUAACUUGAGCAAUUAACUCCAGCUCUUACUUUAUGUGUAAAAUUUUAUUAGCUUCCAUGUAACUAUUGGUCGUUUUUGUGAUAGAGAGAAUCUGUCCUUUCCUUUGCAGUUUCACCUCAAUAGUGGCUCUAUGGAUCUGUUCCUAAAAAUGUUUCUUUAAAAGAUUUUAAUUUAUGCUUAUUUUAUUUUUUGCUAGCUGAUCCUUUUUAUAAGAGAAUAGUAAUAAUGGAAAGCAAAUUUGUUUAGAUCCCAAAUUACAGGGAGUGUUAUAUUAUCUCAACCCGGAAAAAAUUGUUAACAACAGGUACAGAUUUUUUUUAUGUAUGUAUUGAGUUACACAAUACAUUGUAAUUUUGAUAAACAACAUUUUCAUUAAGAAAAAAAAUUGACUAAUG